CACGAUUUUAACUCUUCUCUGAAUUAAACGAAAUGCCCUUCUUUCUCUUCUCUUUUGCACCUACGUAAUUCCAUAUCACUCCAGUAAAAUUGACACGGAUAAUGUUGGCUAGACUCUCAAGAACUACUGCUGCAAUCAAAAAUUUACCUUUUUACAGGAACAAUAACAUCUAUAAUAAUGUAAUCCGAUCAUCUUCAAUUAAAUCAUUCACCACUUAUAAUUCAGCUAUUGCCAAUUUGUCACCUCAACAAGAAGAACUGCGUGCAGCUGUCCAUGAUUGGGUCAAUGUAGAAAUCGCCCCUCGCGCUGCUUCCAUCGAUAAAACGAACGAAUUUCCUAUGGACAUGUGGCGUAAGUUAGGCGAUAUGGGUUUACUGGGCAUCACAGCGCCUCAAGAAUAUGGUGGUUUGGGUUUGGGUUAUUUUGAGCAUACGCUUGUCAUGGAGGAAAUUUCGCGCGGAAGCGGGUCAAUCGCACUCAGUUAUGGUGCACACUCAAAUUUGUGCGUCAAUCAAAUCACACGUAAUGGUAACGCUGCUCAAAAGGCUAAAUACCUGCCCAAGCUCAUUUCAGGUGAACAUGUGGGUGCGUUGGCUAUGUCAGAGCCGACAGCUGGAUCAGAUGUGGUGAGCAUGAAGCUACGGGCUGAUAAGAAAGAAGGAAGAUACGUAUUGAACGGGAACAAGUUUUGGAUAACCAAUGGUCCUGAUGCUGAUGUGUUAGUGGUCUACGCCAAGACAGAUCCUGAAGCAGGAGCAAAAGGUAUCACUGCCUUCCUAGUGGAAAAGGGAUUCAAAGGGUUCUCAACAAGCCCAAAAUUCGACAAGUUGGGUAUGCGUGGAUCAAAUACAUGCGAAUUGAUCUUUGAGGAUUGCGAAGUACCUGAGGAAAAUGUACUGGGAAGCGUUGGCAAAGGCGUAUAUGUCUUGAUGAGUGGUCUCGAUCUUGAAAGACUGGUUCUCUCCGGUGGCCCGUUAGGUUUGAUGCAAGCGGCUUUCGAUGUCGCAGUUCAAUAUGUCCAUGAGCGUCGCCAGUUCGGUGUUCCCAUUGGUGAAUUUCAGCUCAUGCAAGGAAAGCUUGCAGAUAUGUAUACCAAAUUAAACGCAGCACGUUCCUAUGUUUAUGCAGUGGGCAAAGCAUGUGAUCUUGGAAAUAUCAGUAACAAAGAUUGUGCAGGUGCCAUUCUUUAUUCUGCAGAAAGAGCUACGGAAGUAGCACUGGAUGCUAUUCAGUGCUUGGGUGGCAAUGGCUAUACUAAUGAAUACCCUACAGGAAGAAUACUACGUGAUGCUAAAUUAUAUGAAAUUGGUGCUGGUACUAGUGAGAUUAGAAGAAUGCUGAUUGGUCGUGAGUUCAACAAAGAAUUCAAACAGUAAAAUAGAAAGAAAAAGGACUAGUGUAGAUAUACCUGUACCUCUAAAGGUCAACAUUUUGAUUUCUAAUUGCUAAAAUUCAUAAAAGUUAGCAAGUUGUCUCAAACAUUGUAGAUGGAUAUCUCAUUUAUCGUUAAG